GGUGGAUUGAACAGCGAACUUACUAUCACGGCCUACGUCACUAUUGCUUUACUGGAGGCAGGUUUUGAUGAGAAGACAUCUAUGGUUUCCAGAGCUCUUAAUUGUAUAUCGCGAAAUCUGGAUACAAUUCAAGAUUCCUACACCACUUCAUUAGUAUCGUACCUGAUGGUGCUGGCAGAUCAUCCGAAAGCAGGAAUAAUGAUAAGUCGUUUGAAAAACAGGGCGAUAAGAGAGAAAGAAGAACAACUUUACUGGUCAUCAGGCAACGUAAAUCAAGCACGGUUUGAUUAUUACCACAAGACAUAUGCCGCUGAUGUAGAAAUGACCAGCUAUGCUUUAUUGGCCUACAUCAAGCGCAAUGAAUCUCCUAGGGAUUUGAAAAAGAUUGUGAAAUGGUUAUCAAAACAACGAAAUUACUACGGAGGCUUCUCUUCCACACAGGACACCUGUGUAGCGUUACAAGCUCUUUCUGAAGUCGCUGAAAGAUUUUAUUCCAAAAGUGAUCUUUCGAUCUUGAAUGUAUCUGCGAAUAUAAAAGAUGGUUUUAACCAUACUUUCUCAGUUACUGACAAGAACAAAUUGAUUCUACAACGCGUAGAGAUUCCAAGUAAUUUCUUGCCAAAUACAUUGGGUAUAAAUGCAUCUGGUUCAGGAUGUGCUUUAUUGCAGGGUCUCUAA